UCGGGAACAGAACUGCAUCAUUUGUGGUCUCAACGCCUAAGAGAAUAGUCGGUUAAUAUGAACAAAUGCGUAAAUUCUCAUGUCUGCCUGCACACACAACAGGACAGAUAUUUAAAAUAGUGAAUGAGUGAUUUACUUUCAUGCCAUUUCAUUAGAUACCUAUACCAACAUCCAGCAUAGUGAAACACUAUUAGGUUUUGAAAAUGGCACUUGUCUGUGAUCUCAAAAGCGAACCUGCGAAGGUUGAAUCUAAACCUGAGAACGCGGAAGAUUUAGAAGACGGUGAAAUAGAAGAUGGCGAAAUUGAAGAUGACGAUGAAGCUAUGGAGGAGCAACCUCCUGCCGAAAAUACGGCCCCCCAAACCGUUCCACCGAAACAGGAAGAAAAUAAACCCGAAAAAAUCGACCGGGAUAGGCCUAGGGAUAGAUCCAGGGAAAGAAGGGAUAAGAGGCAUAAAGAAAAAGAAACUAGGCACAUGACGGAGGCGGAAAAGAGCAUUUUGCAUCUGAGGAGGAAAGAACGGAUGGAGAGGGAAAGGGAGAAAUGGAACAGGAGGAAAGAACAUCAAAAUAUCGAACCUCAAGAUGAUUUCGCUAUAAAAUUGGAAAAAACCCUUGCCAGUAUCUUGAAGAAAGACAGGGUAACCAGUGAUGAUGAUAAAGAAGAAGAACGAAGGGGAACCAAAAGAAAGAGGAAAGAUAAAGAAGGCGAUCAUGGUGCGAAACAUUUCAAGUCGAAUUCAGCAUCUGAGGUCGACGAAAAAGAGAUCAUGAACAUUCGUGGUGGUAGUCCAGACCCAGCGCAAAGACUGGACAAGGACGAAAGGCCUAAGAGUCCUCGUUCUGAAGGAUCUUACGACUCUGAACCUGCUUCGGACCUCGUGAAACAGGAGGACAAGGGGAACAGGGGACGGAGAGAGAGCAGAAGGGAGGGGAAGAAAAACAACAAAAAUAAGAACAAGAACAGAGAUAGGAACUUUAAGAAGGACAACAAGAAUCGGGACAGUAAGGUUGAGCCUACAGCCGAUUCCAAAGGGAUUUGUAUAUUUUAUCUGAACGGCAAGUGCAAUAAGAAUGACUGUAUUUACUCGCAUGAGGCUGUGCCGCCAAUGAAGUUAGAGCUUUGCAAGUUUUACCUGAUGGAUUGUUGUGCAAAAGGCGACAACUGUUCUUAUAUGCAUUCAGAUUUUCCUUGUAAAUUUUACCAUAUGGGACUUCCGUGCAACAUGGGGGACAAGUGCAAAUUUUCUCAUGGAGAUCCGUUGAGCGACGGGUUGAAACAGAUACUUUUUAAACAUAUCGAGACCGCGCCCAGGGACAUACUGGGAGGUUUUCCGAGGCUAAGUCGUGAAGAAACUUUGCAAAUGAUGGACAACACGCAAAAAAAUUUGAUGGACAUGUACAAGGAGCAAAAUCAAAGCGAACAGGAAAAGGGGAACGAUGAUCCCUCAGGAGACAUCUCCAUACCCUCGCUUUUCGACAUAAGCGUACCCGUGCCGGCCGAAUUGAAGGACGAACCUAGUGAUGCAAAAUCGAAGAACUCUGAGAAAACCGGAAGGAACAAGCCAUCCCGAUGGCAGGCUGCUGAUCCCAAGGAGAAGGUCUCCAACGCGCCCAUGAAUUUCGGACCUUUCAACUUCACCCAGGAUCAAGAUAUGAGGAUUAACAGCAACGGAGAUAUCGAUAUGAGGACUUUGCCACCUCAUCCCUUGAGCAGUCUACCUCAGCCACUUCCUUCGUCUCUGAUGUCUUCCGAUCUAUCCAGGAUGAGUAAUAAUCCCAUAAGAAACUCGACCGGUGAUGUGGACAUCAGGAAUAUGACCCCUAAUUUUGCCUCCGAUGUCGACAUUAGAUUGCAGUCCACUUUCGAGGUCCCGGAGAAGAACAAAUCGCAUCAGAAUCAAUCUGCGCCGUUUUUGGGUAGCAAAGACGUCGAUAUAAGACAGCUGGGGCCUCCACCGUCCAUGCAGAUGGAGGAAGACAAGGGGGCUCACAACAAAACCAACGAUUCAGAGGGUGUAAUGAACAUACCCCCGAAUAUGCCGAAGAUGCAGAGGGAGCUCUACAUGAGGAUACAGUCUCAGCAAAAGGAGAACACCCCAGUUUACAACAAGUACGACGCCAACGGGGAAGACGACCUGAACAACGACGAGGAUUGGUAUUCUGACGAUGACGACGAGCACCGGUUGACCAUCAAGGUCGACAACGAGGAAACUGAGACGCCCGAGCUAAAAGAGGAAAAGACGGAGGCUCUAGAGUUCCCAGGCCUACCGGUGAUAGCCCCACUCCCGGCCAAACCCCAAGAGGUGGUGGAGAAGCUGGGCGACCUAUCGAAGAUCAACAUAACCGCGGACAUCACCAAGCUCCUGAGUUCGCUGAGCUCCUCCCUGCCGUCCCCCAAGACGCCCGAGUCCUCGUCCGUCCGGGAUCCGAGACAGGCGAAGAGUCAGGCGACCAUAAACUCGCCCUCGCGCAGUCCCACCUCCGCCUCGCACGAGACCGCCGCCCCCUUCACCCCCAGGACCCUGUUCGACCCCAGACUGACGCAGGAUCCGAAGGUGAACCAGGCCGCGGAGGCCCCGCGCGACCCCAGGAAGGGGGCGACCGCGGGCGGCAGCAAGUCGGACAAGAUGAGCAUCUACGAGCAGGGCGGUCUCAACUUGGAGGACGGUGACGCAUCCGACGCUUAUAAAGCUUCUUCUAGACCGGACGUAGAUCUGAGAACUUUGGGGUUGCCGUUCAAGGGCAUGGAGAGCUACACGCCAGCGACAGAGAUAGACGCCAGCUUCAGCACCCAUCUCCCCAUAGCGUGGAAGGUGAUAGAAGUGGACGUCCCAAGGCCUGAUUACUCUGGUCUCAAGUUAUCCCUGGAUGAAGCCGAGAAAACCGGGGAUCCAAGAUUGCGCAAGAUAUUCAGGUUGAGCGUGGAAGAACGGGACACUCCUCUGAGUCCGAAGGCCAGUCCUCAACGUCCCACCGGCGUCAGGAUAGAUCCACGUCUGCGUAAAGUGGAAGAGGCCAAAUCCCUGAGCCUGGAUUCUUCGUCGAUGAGUUACACCCAGCAACUGAACACCUUGCAGAGCUCGGCGUUCUACCAGAGCCUGACCAGCAACCAGAAACUGAUGCUGAACCAGGAACUGGCGUCCAGAUCGGACCAGACAGGUUCCCACGAUCCCAUAUUGAACAGCAUCUUGGCCAGUCUCAAUCUGGUGCCCGGCAUGGGCGUGGGAGGCAACGUGCCUCAAGGCCACGGCUCUAACUUCGGGGUGGCGGCCAACAUCUUGCAGAGUAUCAACAAGAUGAACACGAUGUCCCAGAUGGGUCCCAACAUGAUGAACCCCAACAACGCCAUGUUGAACCCGAUGGGGCAGGGAGUCAUCCAGCCUGGACUCCUAGGAGCAGCUCCGGGGAUACCCAACAUGCCCCAACAGGAGUUCCCCAUGAACUUCGAUCCCAGAACCCAGAACGGUCUGCUGGGGAACGGACCACCCCAACAGUUCCCCACCUUCGAACCUCCUCCGGGACAAGGCAGCUUCCAGAAUUACCCCAACGACGAUUACUACCCACCGGAGAACAACAACCAGGGCGGUUUCCGGGGGAACCAGGGUAGGAAUGACAGAGGAGGCAACUUCAACAACAGGGAGAGACGGAGAGGUGGAAGAAACAACAACAACUUCGGUAGGAACCAGGGCAACAGGAACAAUCAGUUCAGGAGGAACCAGGGCGGCGGGGGUAGAUCGAACAAAGGUCACAACCAAUCGUGAAGUGAGAUCCAGUGACGUAGAGACAGGGACUCGUUGUAAAUCGAACAAAAUUCUGUAAAGUUCAAAUAUAGGUUACGGUGUGUACAUAAGAAGGACGAUUUUUUGUACUCGUUGUAAAUAAUGACUCGUUCGGAAAGUGACCGGGAAAAUUGUAUAUUCGAUUUUUGUAAUUUUCGGACAGCAAAUGUCGAUUCUUUUGCGUUAAAAUGACGAAUUUAUUUUUGUAUUUUGAAUUGGAUUAUUUAGGAAAUAGAGAGAUGAAAAAAUGAUAUUGUGCCAAUGAUUCUACGACUAAGUGAUUUCUAAAGUUGAUGAGUACAAUUUAUUUAUUGUAAUUAUCGAGCCGUUGUAUUUAUAUUUGUUACUGUAUAUUAUAAAUAGUCUUCCAAUCCUA